AUGGAUCACGAUUCGGAUUAUCCUCCCUCCGAUUUAUCCUCAUCAUCGUCUGAAGACAAUAAAAAGAAAGCUCCAACCAUGGAUUCUCGUCCAACCGCCAAGGAGUUGCUUGAUCGCGUCGACUAUGAUAUCUCGCAGCUGCUGCAGCGGUUCGAGAACAUCGUCGCCAUUGCUGCCAACAAAUUUGACGGCACCAGUCACGUUGAUGCUGCUGUGGAAGCUUUCCAAAUUGAUGUCGAAUCCACUGCCUUGAUUCGUGCUGCAGAGGACCUGCUCGCCCUGCACCGCCUUAUGAAAGAGCUUUGGCUCUUCGGCAAGCUCGAUACCCUCGGCGAAGACGAACGGGACGUCAAGCGUCGUGAGAAGCUGGAGGAGGAUGUGGAGGCCAUCCAGAAGGCCCUCGAUGGAGGAUUGCUGAUGCCAUCGUUGAAUGAGCCUGGGAACUCUGAGAAGUCAGAGGACACUCAGAAGUCGAAGGAUACUGAGCAGUCCGAGAAGCUUGAGCAACCCGAGAAGUAA